AUGAGUGACAAUGAAAGUGAUCUUUAUGAAGAUUCAGUUUUUGAUUCAAAUUGUGAAACUAGUGAUAAUAUAUCAAUUGGUUCUAGUAGUGGGGCUGUUUUAGUAAAAUAUGUAAAAAUCAGUUGGGUAUGGAAAUACUUUGAAGUAAGCAAGGAUGGAAUGUACAAUAUUUGUAAAGUUGAGACUCUGAAUUUAAGUAAUGAAAAG